CUCUAAUACUGCUCGGACGGCGUACAAUGUACAACUAAUGUCGAUUCGAGCAGCUGCGCACCUAGUCUCGCUCAUCAGCUAAGCGGAUCAGGGUGAUCUGCAUCAGCUCGUCUCCUGCUUCACUGCAUUAUCAGUUGACUCAAACACGGCGCUCUGUCUCUUUACGUACCGGGCAGUCUGUCUGGAGCAUCACUCGCAUCGCACUCGUAGCUGUACAUAUUUGCCCCUUUUCAGCGCUGACAUCAGCAAUCCGCCCUACAUAAACUACAAGAAGGCGUCCGAAUUCUUGCACCACGUACCAUCGAUUGCCAACACCCUUCCCCUCCUAGUACCCCGCAUUCAGACAGAGACAUCAUGUACGGCCCUCAAACCCGCGAAAUCUUCCCGUACGCGAUCGCGCGCUCCACGGGCACCGAGUGCGCCCCACUCAUCGCCGCGCUCCUCGCCGCGCAGAUAUCGCUCGACGAGAUCUCCGACGCGGAAGACUACACCCCGUUCACGGAGUACAUCAAGAACCGCGGGCGCGCGGGCGACGACGGCAAGAUUCGCAACGGCAUCAUUGUCUGGCUGUACACGACCGGCCUCCACGGGCCCUACCACGAGACCGAUGACGGCGGCAUCGAGCACCACGGCGUGCUCCUCACGAUCGAGAGCGGCGCGAAGGUCGAGGACAUCGUUGCGCGUGCGCGGGCGGCGCUCAGGCACGGUGUCAUCUCGCACGAGCAUAUCGAGGGCGAGGCGCUGCCGCUCCCAGCGGAGUCGGAUUCAGAGGAGGAGUGAGUAGGUGGAAGGGCGGGACGGUCGUGAUCACCCAGGUGGAAUAAACACUUUCAGGAGCAUUGUAUAUUGAUUCAAAACGGAACGGGAAUGGUUUACUCUGAA